AUGCUCGCAAAUAUUCUGGCAAUCAAUGUUUUCGUCUAUGUCGCGUUUGCAUCUGCAGUACAAAACGAACUAAUUCAAGACUUCCCAGUUGUUGAUUGCGGAACACUCGCAAUAUGCAAUGGGGACCAAGAAUGUCUCGAGGUUCUGACGAGAUUAUAUCGUCUGGAUUGCCCGAUGAAUGAUUUGGAAGACUCAUCUAAACGAUCAAUUGGCGGCGAAAAACGCGCAGGACUCAAAAAUAUUAAGGAAAUCUUCAUGAAGAGUUAUUUGAACCGAAUGCGUUGA